UUGGUGACGUCGUGUCAAGUACAGUGAAGAACAAGGUGGAGGAGCUUCGGGUACAUAAACCAGUCUAGACAGUACAUGGGGGAACAACUUCGACACAAUGUAUACAAGCAAAGAUAUUUCAGAAACAGCUGUCUGACAGAGGACCAGUCACUUGGCUCAGCUGAGGAAGACAUUCUUGAGAACCUGUUGAUUGAGCACACCAGCAUGUCUGUAUACCAGAUGAGACCUGAUGAGGAUGACUUUGGUUCUGAUGAAGAUGCAGACGAUGUGGCUAGGUUACAAGAGCCAGCCAGAUCCAGUUCCGUUCCUGCUUGGGUGUCGGACUCCACAGCUGCAUGUCGCUGAGUGAUGACAAACUACAGCCAGUGCUAACCAGACAACACGUCAGUCUUUUACGAUGGACUUCUGAGGAUAAACUGAUGCCAACUCUAACUGUAAGACAUUGGAUACUUCAUAUGCCACUGCCUGAACCUUGGAUUUAGGAUGAACCCCACAGAAAUGACCUGCCGGUUGAACUGCGAUGCAUCUCAUUGAUCUCUGCCUGCAUCACCUUUAUUAUUGAUGGACUACACUCUUAAAAUAGAAUACACACACACUAUCAAUUAAUUGCCAACAAAAGUCUUCAUCAACCAACUAAGAAAGGACAAUUGCCUCUAUGUGAACUUCUGCAGUUAAUCCAGGAUGGACUUCAAUCCAGGAUGGACUUCAAAGUCAUUAGUCAUUCAUCUUACAAUUUCAUACAAAAUCUUUGUUUAAACACUGGCCCUUAACACUUAGUUUACACAUUUUACAUCAUGACUUACAUUGCACAUAAAUAACUUGUAUUGGCAUUAUAUUCAUGCUGUUUAGCCAGAGGGGAACUGUCCCUCACAGUGAGCCUGGUUUCUUCCAAGGUUAUUUUUCUCCAUUAACCAACAUCUUAUGGAGUUUUGUGUUCCUUGCUACAGUCACCUUUGGCUUGCUCACUGGGAUUCUAAAUACAAUUAUUUUUUAACCAUUUCAUUAUUUAUUUGUAUACACAAUUUACAAUUACACAAAGAUGUCUUUAAGACUUUAUAGAUAUUACAGUUUCAUUUUCCGUUAAAGCAUGAUUUUCUGUAAAGCUGCUUUGAAACAAUGUGUGUUGUGAAAAGCAGUAUACAAAUAAAAUGACUUGACUCUGACCGUAGGGCCUGGUUGAGGAAGUAGCAUUCACGUGUGGGCGUCUGAAGAGUGUGCACCUCUGGCUAGGCUCACAAUAAGACUGGGCUGGAGAGCGAGAACUGGUGCAUAGUUAAUAAGCCUCGUUUCCACAGUGGUGGAUGAAGCAAAACUGAUGUGAAUAAUGCUUCACCAACCCGGUCUUUAAAACGCAGAGUGCACCUCUUCUCGGGGAGCUGGCUUCAAAUCUCAAUGUGUGCACACACUGGCAUCCUUGCAUGCCCAGGAUCUGAGCGGGGAGGGUUCGGCCAAAUUAGAUGCGAUGUCCCGCUCCUCUGACCCCCAGCACAAUUUAGAUAUGCCACCGGGGGAGAACAGCACGUGUCGCAGCCGGCGGGCUAGAGGCCGGGACGCUUGGUUAAAAAUCAUUACUAAAUGAAUAAUUUAAGAAGUAAACAAUUAACUUGUUGACGUUUUAAAAAGAGGUUUUGAUGAUUUUGCAUCAGGAAGUGUGUGAGCUCAUUUCAUGAACACUGGUGGGAAAAGCAAUGGUGAAGAAAAUUACAGAAAUUUAAGGCAAUCUGUUUUUAGGUGGUAAACAAAUUAAAGUUGACUUAAUGUUUGAAAUGCUGCAUAUGAUGAUUUGUGAAGUAAAUGUAUUUAAGAAAAUAUAAAAAAUAUUAUUUUUAAAUAAUAAUUUUAAAUAAUUUGUAGAUAUUUUCAAUGGAAUAAUUACUCCUCUGUCCCAAUUUAACACUGCCUGAAAAAACCUGGGAUUUGGUCAAAAGAACGGCUUUAAAAGUAGGAUACAUCCUAAGCAUUCUAUAAAAGUAUAAUGUCAUAACAUAUUGAUCAUAAUUUUAAUAAUUCAAGGUUUGAGUUAUGAAACAUUAUUUUAGUUUAGUUUCUGUUUUCAUUUAGUUUUAAUUUUCGUUAUCUGUAAUAACACAGCUACACGCAAAUGCACCAUGCACUGUCAGCAAGCUUAAACAUUCCAAAAAGCAAAAUAUAUUAAACUCAAUUGUUUGAGUUCUUCCCCCAAGCAAUCAGACUUUUGAACUCUUGAUCGAUCGAUCUUGAUACAUAUAUCAGCGGCGCAUUUUAUUAGCCUCAGACUGGACUCGUAUUUUAUACUUCUCUUAAUAACACACUGCAACUGGCUAUCAACCGACAGCUGAAUGUCAACACAACUCUUCAUAUUUAUUUCCACUGAUUAACAGUGUUGCACUUGUGUAUAUGGUUAAGUGACAAUAAAAGGAUUUGAUUUUGAUUUGGAUGACUUUUGGAACAUCCUGUCCCAUUUGUAGGAUGUGUAUCUUUAAUUUACUUCUGUCCUCUGAUCUUACAU